ACACUCGCGUGCCGCCGGCCCCCGACGCGCGCCAUGCCUUCAAGACCUGGGCGGGCGCGAGGACUAGUGGCUGAGUGGCGCGCCAGAAUGGCAGCCCUGCUACGUUUUGUUCGCAGGAGACCUGAGCGCGACGGUGCUGCCGUUGUCUCUGCUCAUUGUCUUCAUCCAUUGGUACCCUCUCCUCGGUGUCGUCUUCAGCUAUCGGCGUCCCCGCUUAGCGUGAUUCCCUCGAUCAGCACCCUCGCAUGGCCGCCUCUGCACCUCACCGUUGUAUAUGGACUUCCCAUCACCUCUGUACUCAUUGCCUCCAAUACAUUGUACCGUGCCCUUUCGUUGUGAUCACCGCCUAAUGUAUCGAGGAACUUUUGCCGUUAUUC